AUGUCACAGCAAAUAUCUCAGUCGGUGCCGUUUCGUUAUAUCAAUGCUAUAAUUCUUACUCCGAUUAGAUCCAUUGUCAACAACCUAAAUCCUGCUUUACAACGGCUGGCUUGCUAUGGUUUGACGGUUUAUAUUGGAUUAUACUAUUGGGCCCCUGAACUGCUCGAGUCUGUUGUCCGAUCGACUGUAGCGUCGGAUCUGUUUAUUCGUAUUCUUCUGCCAUUAGGACUGUUUGCUGCGGAAAUAACGUGUCCGACUACUGCUGGAGUGAAGUCUUUGAGGGGGGGAGUUGGUGACAAUCCAGGUGCUUAUAGUGGAGUCGCAAGUGGAGCUGUUAGUAGCGGUGGUGCUGGUGAUGCUGGUGGUGCUGAACAUGACGAUGAGAGUAAAAGCUCGCUAAACAGUGCUAUUUAUCGUGAGUACAGUGCUAAUGACAAUGACUUUACAGGUAAGAAAGAUGAAAAUAAAAAAGGGCAUAAUGACGAGGACAGUGUACAUGCUGCUUCUUCAGUCGUUGCUAGUAGAGGUAUCAAUGAGGGAAAAGAGAGUGCAACGAGUGUUGGGUCUAUCGACUACUCUGGUCGCAAUAAUCAAACCUCUAGUUCGUGGGUCGGUAAGACGAUUCCCGAGGUCGACGAAGAAGAGUCAUUCAAUAUCAACGAACGAGACAUCUCUGAAAGAGACAUUGCUGAAAUGAGUGUGAAUACAAGCACCUCUGGAUUCGACGUUCCAGGACUGCCAAAUCCACCUGCUGCUUCUGGAACAACAUCAGCUGUCAGCGAACCGGCAAAAGACAAGUCUCCAGAUGCAGAUGUUCCUUCUGAUGCUUCUCCUGCUGGCACUGUUGGUGCUGCUGCUGCUGCUCAGUCUAAUGACUCGGUUCACUCUUCCAACACUACCCCCGAGUCACAGACCCUUCCUGUCGAACAAUCAAUCUCACUAUCAUCAUCGCAAGCCACGAAGUUCAGCCCUUCUUCCGACUGUCCCAAUUCUAAAGACCAGAAGACAACUGACGACCCAACAUCCCGACACCACCCUCUGCCCUCACUAAUCUCUACCUCGCUCAUAUCCGACGAUACUAAACCACAAUCACCAACUCAGCCACCUCCUUCACCACCCAAAUUCAUUUUUGGAAACAAUCCAGGCGACUUUACUCGCACCAACGUCACUGAAGACGACCUUUCCAUCAUGAACAAUCUGUCUGAAGGAAUUGAAAAGUCGAUCGAGUCACUCUACAAAGUAAUCACUCCAGUCGAUGCCAACCAUAAUGACUUCACUGUUCAAGACUACAAUUUCUCGCAAACAUGGAAAAUAGGAGCCCCGAAAAAACUCAUCUGGCGAGACGUCAAGUUCAAAGAAUACUCACCCAAAGUUUUGAAACGAAUCCGACAGCUUAACCACAUCGACGACCUGGCAUAUUCCAGCUCGUUCGAGCAUAUCCUGCUAACCAAAACACCCGCCGGAUACACCUACUACAGUCGAGACAAGCAAUACAUCAUCAAACCGUUCACCAACGACGAAUUCCGCACCUUGCGAGCCAGUCUACCUCUCUACUACCAGCACCUGCUGGCCCACCCGGACAGCUCUGCACCCCGAUACUGCGGACUCUACAAAAUGGGCAACACCAACUUCGUCGCAUCCACGAACACACGAACAUCCCCUCCACCCGCCUCCACUCUCGCCCAAGACGCACGACUGCCACCCGUCAUCUGGGCCCACCAGGGACUACAAAACCAGGCCGAAUACUAA